AAGACAUUUAUAUUUAGUCAUCGUAGUAAAGCUGUUCGAGUGCAAGCAUUCAAGUCCAAGUGAGUGUAUAAAUCACCAUACGAGUGAAGUAAGAAAUAUGAAUAGUGGGCGACAAUAAUUACGGAUUUUUUUCCACCAUUUUUUGGUUCAUAUUUUCGACAAAUUCGAUAAAUUUAUCGAAGGAAAAAAUACGAUCGUGUGUAUUUCAAUUGAAAUUUCCGUCUGCUGAAGAGUGCAUUUAAAUUGUGAGUGUCAAAAAAACCGGAUGAAUAUGGCAAUCGAAGCAAUAUCGAGGCGGAGUCUGUACUCGUGUGCAGUGCUCUUAUUAGUUGUUGUAUCCGCAAAUUUUGUGCAAAGUCAAUUUGCAGAGAAACUUAUACAGAAUCCGUGCGUAAGUAAACAAACGUGUCAUGAAUGUAUGCAAGCAAAGAGUUGUGCCUGGUGCCUACAACCAGAUAUUGGUGAUAAACCACGAUGCUUCCAACCCAGCCUUACACCUUUAAGCGGUGGCUGUCCAGAGGAAUAUAUUUUUAAUCCGGAUAAUGAAGAGACAUUGGUUGUUAAAAAAGAAUUGUCACGUGGCGGCAGUGCUACCGCUUCAAGAGGUUCAUCCGGUCAAUCGGCGGCUGCUGGCGAAUAUUGGUCAGCUAAUCGCGAGGAAAGCUAUAGUAAAAACGAAUAUACCGAAGAAAGUUGGGAUACACAACGACAAGAAGCUAUUGAUCAAUCAAGCCGAAAAAGUGGGAAAAAGGUCAACUAUGGCAGUUACUCCGAAAGUGGAAAUAUUGUGCAAAUCUAUCCACAAAGAGUUCAACUUAAACUUCGUAUAAAUCAAGAACAUCGACUAAACAUUCAGUAUUCACAAGCUGAAGAUUAUCCCGUUGAUCUGUACUAUCUUAUGGACUUGUCAAAAUCCAUGGAGGACGAUAAGGUUAAAUUGUCAGCAUUGGGCGCCAAAUUAUCAGAAACUAUGCAAAAUAUUACAUCAAACUUCCGUUUGGGUUUUGGUUCAUUCGUUGACAAAGUGCUGAUGCCAUACGUUUCAACUGUUCCAAAGAACUUGGAAGAGCCUUGUGCUUUUUGUGCCAAACCUUAUGGUUUUAGGAAUGCAAUGGCAUUAAGUACGGACACUCGUAGCUUUACAACAAACGUCGAAAGAGCUGCGGUCAGUGGAAAUCUUGAUGCUCCCGAAGGUGGUUUUGAUGCCAUUAUGCAGGCUGUUGUGUGUCGCAAUCAUAUCGGUUGGCGCGACCAAGCACGACGCUUGUUAGUGUUCUCAACUGAUGCAGGCUUCCAUUAUGCAGGCGAUGGAAAGUUGGGCGGUGUUAUUGCACCAAAUGACGGACAAUGUCAUAUGAGUUCGAAUGGCGAGUACACACAUUCACAAAUUUUGGACUAUCCAAGUAUCUCACAAAUCAAUUUGAAAGUUAAAGAAAACUCAAUCAAUGUUAUCUUUGCUGUGACGGCUCAGCAAACUGGCGUUUAUGAAAAGUUAUCGAAACACAUUGAAGGCUCGACCAGUGCCACUUUGUCUGAAGAUUCAUCGAAUGUUGUUGAAUUGGUGAAAGAACAAUAUAGUAAAAUUUCAUCUUCGGUUGAAAUGAAAGACACAGCUUCAAGUGCGAUUAAGGUAACAUACUAUUCAUCGUGUUUGGAUGGUGGUGCUUUGACUCAAACAUCAAAAUGCGACGGUUUAAGAGUUGGUGAUGUGGUUAGCUUCCAAGCCGAAAUUGUUGUUACUGAAUGUCCACAAAAUCCAAAAGAUUGGCUCCAAACAUUCCAAAUUUAUCCAGUCGGAAUCAAUGAAAGUUUAACGGUUGAUUUGGAAAUGCUAUGCAGUUGUCCAUGCGAAAACAAAUUGAAUCCAACAUAUGAAGCAAAUUCGCCAAAAUGUAAAGGACACGGUACAUACAAAUGCGGAAUUUGUGAAUGUGACAAUAUCCAUUUCGGAAGAAACUGUGAAUGUUCGAUUACCGAUGUACACAGUGAAUCAGAACGGGAUCGUGGCUGCCGACCAGAUAAUACAACAAUGACAGAUUGUCAUGGCAAAGGGCAAUGUGUAUGCGGUGUUUGUGAGUGCGAUAAGCGAAAUAAUCCAGAAGAAGUCAUCUCCGGCAAAUAUUGCGAAUGUGAUAAUUUCUCGUGCGAACGUGAUCAAGGUUUGUUGUGUGGUGGACCCGAACAUGGUAUUUGUGAGUGUGGACACUGUAACUGUAAACCAGGUUGGACCGGAGAAGAUUGUACAUGUCGUGCAUCAAAUGAUACAUGUAUGCCACCAAAUGGCGGUGAGAUUUGUUCGGGCCAUGGUGACUGCGUUUGCGGUGCAUGUAAAUGUCAAGAGACAAGCGAAGGACGGUACUCGGGAAAAUUCUGUGAAAAAUGUCCAACAUGCUCGGGCCGAUGUCAUGAAUUUAAAGAAUGUGUGCAAUGCCAAAUGUAUAAAACUGGUCCAAUGGGCGAUAAUCCCGAUCUCUGCGCCAAAAAUUGUACACAAUUUGUACCAAAGGGCGUUGAAACACUCAAAGUAAAUGAAGAAGACGGUGACCAUUCGUGUAUGUUCUACGAUGAAAAUGAUUGUCGCUUUGAGUUUGUCUACAAUGACAGCAAUCUCGAUGACAUUAAAGUUUCGGCUAAAGAAAAACUUGAAUGUCCAACGGAAAUUUUCAUUCUUGGCAUUGUAAUGGGUGUGAUUGCAUCAAUUGUGCUCAUUGGCUUGGCAUUCUUAUUCCUGUGGAAGAUUCUGACGACCAUUCAUGAUCGACGUGAAUUUGCCAAAUUCGAAAAGGAGAGACGAUCAGCCAAAUGGGAUACGGGUGAAAAUCCAAUUUACAAGCAAGCCACAUCCACUUUCAAAAAUCCAACAUACAAUGGUGGUCGUUAGAGUGUGUACCACAUAGCCAAGAUAUACUUUUUUGAAUAUUCAAAUAUGAAAUGGUUUCGCGCAUAUAUUUUGUUUGUUUCUUAAGCAUGAUGAUUAAUUUUAAGAUAAAUCAUCAUUAUUACCGAGAUGAGAUCAUCGUCAAGUACUCGAAUACAAUUUUAACCCGACUAAUAAUAAGUAAGCGAUCGAAUUCAAAAAAAUUUAUAUACACCGAUGUGUGAAAGAGAAAGUAAUAUUUAUACAAGAUAAAAGAACGUCAUAUUAACCAAAGAUCGAUUUUGAACAAAAGUGCAUUGUAUUUAAUGAAACAAAAAAUAAACACAAAAAAUUAAUAUUUUUUUUUGUCGACUUUCUUCGAUCGUGAGAUCUGAUGAUUUUGUGCCUUAGAAAUUGUACGGGUGAAUAAUUAAACGCACAAUCAUAAAGCCCAUAAAAAUUUCAUACUGCCUUAUUAACAUCAGUCAAUACGAUCUCUACAUGUUUCGAAGAAAUUAUUAUUAAUUAAAAAAAAACUAAUUCGACUUGAAUAAAACAAAAUCUAUUUUUGUUUUGCUUUGUGAAAGGGUAAUAGUUUACAAGAAGUAAUUUUUGUCAUUUGAGUCAAAAUCGCCCGAUCAACCGUCUCUUCUUGAUCAAGGGCCUAAUAAUUUUCUUAAUUAUUUUAUAGAUAUAUCGAAUUUUACUAAAUAACGUGUACGUGCAUGUCGUACAAUCAUUUAUUUUGUAUAAUUUUGCCAUAUUUUACGGUAUUAUUUCUUUACUGACAUUAUAAUUUGUAUUUAGCAUUAAGUGUUUAAUGUGUCAAGACUAAAAAUCAAAUAUUUAACAACGCAGAUCCAACAUAAAUGUUAACUAUGUAACUGAAUUGUUUGUGAACCGUGCGCUUUAUAAUCAUUUUUCUAUAUAUUGAAGGUUAAUUAAAUAAACGAACAUAAAUGCUAUUGCACGGCCAACAGAUUUGAAUAAACUAAAGCCUUAAAUACUUAAUUUUGGUUGUCAAAUUAACGUUCUCGUUUGUAGAUUAAAACUUUAUAACGAAUAUUUCAUAAUUUUGUGAAAAUCUCCUUUUUGGAAAAAUGUUUGAUAAUUGGUAGAAAUAAACAUUGACUAAUCCUGCCAAAUUAUUUGUUAAUUGCAACGGUUUCAAUGUCGUCUUUACAAAUUUGAUGCCUUGACGUGCUACUUUAGGUGUAUAAACAUUUGCAAAUUUUAAGCUACAAAUCAAGAUUUAUGUCUUUUGAAUUGCACCGUGCAUAGUAAUGCACUGUUGAUAAAUUGAAAAUCGAAAUAAAUGUAAACUUCCAUUGCAAAAAUUGUCAGCCGAAAAAUCAAUUAAAAUAAAGAUAGGAAAUAGUAUAA